AUGAGUAAACUAUUCUUUUAAGAUUUCUUAUCAUCAAGAACAAGAUCUAUGUAAGAGAGAAAGAAGAUAGUUAAAACACAAUAAGAAAUAGAGAGAAUAAGUGAAAGAAAAAUAAGUGAAACAUUAAAAUCUAACGAACAUAUAGUUGAUGAACUAAGACUAUAUAAAAUGAAAUUAGAGAAAUAAGUUCAAGAUUAUUAAUAAAAAGUAUUGCAUUUAUGAAAAAUAGAAUUUAGAAUUGGUUGAAAAAGUAUCAUAUUUAGAAGUAUAAAAUACAACAUUAUAAUAUGAAUUAGAAACAUCAAAAUUGAAAUUAGAAACUAUAACUAAUGCAUAAUAAUCAUCAUAAACAUAAUAAAUUAAUCUAUUGAAAGAAUAAGUAGAUUCAUUAAUUAAAUAUAAAACUGAGAAUGAAUCUUACAAAGUUUAAGUAGUAACAUUAAAGAAUGAGAAUUAAAACAAUUAGAAGGAGAUUAAAGAAUUAAUAGAAACGAAUGCCUCAAUUAAAUCUUAAUAUUCAAGUAUAAUGAAAGAAAAUAAGAGAUUUUAAUAAUAGUUAGAUAAUAGUUAAAAUGAAUUCUAUAAAUUAUCUGAAAAGGUAUUAUAUUCAUUUCAAUAAUAUAGUUCAAUUAAUUUGAAUCAAUGUAUCAUAGUAAAAUUAAAUAUUAUGAAGAACUUCAAAAAUAGUUUGAGUUAGAAUAAUAAAGAGGGAACUUUUAAUAUUAAGAAUUAGUAAGAGAAUUGCAACUAUUAGAAAAUGAAAAUUAAUAAUUAUAUAAAUAAUUAUAAAUUAGUUAAUUAGAAAAAGAAGAGAAAGACAAAAAAAUAAAUGAUGAAUAAAAUUAAUUAAAAUUAGAAUUACACAAGAUUUAAGAUGAAAAUAAAAUAUUGGAAAAAUCACAUAGAACUUUAAAAAUAGAAAAAAAAGUGAUAUAUGAUAAUUAAAAUUAAAUCAAAUAGAAAAUUAAUAAAUUAGAAUAAGAUAUUAAUUAGAAAGAAUAAAUUAUAAAAUAAAUGGAAUAAGAUUUAUAAGAAAAGUGUUUAAUAAUUCAUUAACUUGAAAACAUUGCUUAUGGAUUAAAAUAGAGUGCUUAGGAAGGUAAAGAAAAUACAAAUUAAACAUUAUUAUAAUAUAAGGAUUUAAUGAAGGAAUGUGAUUUAUUAGAAUAACAAAUAGCAAGAUUAGAAUAAGAUAAUGAUAUUGUAAAAAAAGAAUAUGAAUAAGUUUUGUAUGAAUUAAAAGAUUUAUAACAAGAAAAUAGAUAAUUACAAGAUAGAAAUGCUAUACUUAUUAAAGAUAAUUAAUAAAUAUAAAUUGAAAAUACUAAUUUAUAAAUGGAAAUUCAGAAUUUAAAUUAAAGAGUUGUAGAAUUAUAAUAAUAUGCAGUUGAAUUUUAAAGAGAACUUAAAGAUCAUAUAGAAUAAUAAAGUAAAAUAAAUUAAUAAAGAUCUUUUUAAAAUUCUUAAUAUUUAUAGAAUUCUGCUACUUUAAGUAAUCAAAGAAAUAGUUAUAAUUCAAUUCAAAGAGGUACUGAUGACUCAUAAGCUAUGGGCAAUUAAUCACCAUUAUCUAAUUAGACUACUACAGUGAAUCAAUUAAAAAAGUUAGUCAAAUAAUAAUGUGUUGAAGGAAAUCCAAAUCUUGGUCAAUAAUCAAUUGAAAAUACAAAAAGACAUUAAGCAAGAACUGAUCAUUUUUCGAAUUCAAGUAAAUUAUAAACUGAUAGAUAAUAUGAUGAUCAUUCUAAAGAAAAUUGUUUAUAAAUAUUAUAAGAUAAAUAUUAUGCUUUAAGAAACAGAAUUUAUGAAUAAAAAAAAUGA